GUCAAGCAAAACCAUCGCCGUCGUCGUCGUCCGCGGAUCGAAAUCGCGAAGGACGAAGGAUCUUCUUGUCGCAAAAAGAAUCGAAAUUUCGGAAAAAUAGCAAAACCGCGGACUGUCGCAAUGUCGGGACGCCGGAACCACUUCGCGGAUCAGAGCCAAAAUCGUCGCGAGUGUUUUGAGACUCCUCCGCCGCGGGUGUGUUGAAGUUGGAGUGAAUAAAAAGUGGUUCCAAGGAAGGAAGAAAAGGGAGAAAAAUUGCCAUUGACAAGUGCGCGGCCUCCUUUUUGGUGGCCUCUAAUGGCCGUGAGAAUUUGCAGGGAAAAGAGGAUAAAAUUCGUGUUGGAGCAGGGAACCGGGCCGCAAUGGUAACAACCUUGACGACGCAGCCCGGAUUUACGUUACAAAGGAAGAACCCAAAGCAGUACCAGCGGGAAUCGAUUCCUGCCGGAGGAGGAGGACGAGGACGAGGAGGUUCAGGACCCCCAGUUCCGGACCAGUAGAACCUUCAGAAGGAUGUCGGUCGAAACGGACGACACGGACGACGAGCAGCAGCAGCUGGCGCUGGAUCCGCUGUCCCAGCUCGAGGAGGACCUGCGGAACAUCCGGUCGGUGAUUCUCGUCACGCGGGAGAACAUUGACGCGUUGAACGCCAAGUUUGCCGACUUUCAGCAGCCGCCGGCCCUCUAUCUGGAGGAGUACCAGGAGCUGACCUCGAAGUUGCACGAUCUGGAAACGAAGGAGCAGGACCUGGGCGAGCGGAGGAGUCAGAUGCGGGCGGCACAACAGCAGCAGCAGAGCGCAGAACGGGAAUCGACCAGCGAACCGAGCGAGCCGCCCGAUCCGGCCGAGGAGCGAGUGGAGGUUGACAGCAUGUGCGGCACGCUGAGUCGCUCCUCGAAAAUGCUGCUGCGCGCCCAUCUGCCCAACCAGCAGCGCACCUCGGUCCAUCUGAUUCCGGGAAUGCGCCUCAAGGACGCCCUGGCCAAGGCCCUCAAACGGCGCAACCUGACGGCGGACAUUUGCGAGGUGACCUCGUCCAACAGUGACUACCCGAUCCCGUGGGACACGGACGUGUGCGAUCUGCACUGCGAGGAGGUCAUCGUGCGCAUCCUGGACAUUGGCUUCCCCACGUACAUCUCGCACCAGUUCAUCCGGAAGACGUUCUUCUCGUUGGCAUUUUGCGAGUGCUGCCGCCGGUUGCUGUUUACCGGGUUUUACUGCAAUCAGUGCAAUUACCGGUUCCACCAGCGCUGCGUGGACAAGGUGCCAUUGGUGUGCAGCAAGCGCCACAUGGACAACACCUUCUACCACCAUCUGCUGGCCAAUCCGGAGAGUACGGUCGGGAUCAUCAACCCUGGGACGGGCGGUUACAGCACCAGUCUGCGGCAUCCGCGCUCGCUGAAUCCCCAGGAUCGGUCCAACUCGGCACCGAAUGUGUGCAUCAACAAUGUAAACAUGAAGCCGCUGUUCGGGCUGGACGCCGGCAGGCCGCUGCUCAAUCGGGGGCCGUUGCAGGUAACACGAAUACUGUCUGAAACAAAUUUCAAACUAAAAUUAAAUACACUCUUUUUCAAGGCCCAGUCCAACCAGGAGCACUCACAUUCCACGCAGGCAUCGCCGACGAACACGCUGAAGCACAGCAAGCGGCCGCGGGCCCGGUCGGCAGACGAAAGCAAUAAGAACCUGUUGUCGCCGCGCGAUCCCAAGCAGUCCGAGGAGAACUGGAACAUCCAAGCGGAGGAGAUCCUGAUCGGCCAGCGCAUCGGUUCGGGCUCGUUCGGAACGGUGUACAAGGCCCACUGGCACGGACCGGUCGCCGUCAAGACGCUGAACGUCAAAACGCCGAGCGCGGCCCAGCUGCAGGCGUUCAAGAACGAGGUCGCCAUGCUGAAGAAGACACGCCACUGCAACAUCCUGCUGUUUAUGGGCUGCGUGAGCAAACCUUCGCUCGCGAUUGUGACGCAGUGGUGCGAGGGCAGCAGUUUGUACAAGCACAUUCACGUGAAUGAAACCAAGUUUAAGCUGAACACGUUGAUCGACAUUGCGAGGCAAGCGGCGCAGGGGAUGGACUAUUUGCACGCGAAGAACAUCAUCCAUCGGGAUCUCAAGUCGAACAACAUCUUCUUGCACGAUGACUUUUCGGUUAAGAUCGGCGAUUUCGGUCUGGCGACGGCGAAGGUGCGGUGGUCUGGGUCGCAGCAGUCGAACCAACCGACGGGGAGCAUUCUGUGGAUGGCGCCGGAGGUGAUCCGGAUGAAGGAGCAGAACCCGUACUCGUUCCAGAGCGACGUGUACGCGUUCGGCAUCGUGCUGUACGAAAUGUUGACCGAAUCGCUGCCCUACAGCCACAUCAACAACAAGGACCAGAUCCUGUUUAUGGUCGGCUGUGGCAAACUGCGGCCCGAUCUGACCAAGGUCCGCUCGGACUGCCCCCAGGCGCUGAAACGUUGCGUCGAGGACUGCAUCAAGUACAGCCGCGAGGAGCGGCCGCUCUUCCGCCUGCUGCUGAACAUGCUCGAGAACAUGCUGCGCACGCUGCCCAAGUUCCACCGGAGCGCGAGCGAGCCCAACUUUACCCAGACGCAGCUCCAGAACGACGACUUCCUGUAUCUGUGCUCGAGCCCGAAGACGCCGGUUGCGUUUCACAACUUUCAGUUCAACAACGGCUUCGGUAACAUCUAGCGCGCUGCUGCUGCGACCAAGAGGUUGGGCGUCGUCGUUUCGGUGAGAUUCUAGUUAUUCGAGGGACAAACUCUUUUUAAUCGCCACUUGUGUGAGAUUCGGGGCGAAGUGCGCGCGUGACCGGGUUGUUGUAAAUAGGAUGGAUAGAUGGAGCUUGGAAGUGCGCGCGCGCGUCAGUUUCGCAGCGCAAGUCAUGUUACUAUGUCAAGUUAGGUAAAUGAUAUCUUUAUUGUGGGGGGACGCAGGUGGAAAAUUCAUCAUCACUUGAACUGCUUUGUAUUUUCUCGUUUAGUUUCUAUGCUGUCCGUGUGUACAUAUGUAAUUUUCGUUUUUAGUUAAUUUUGUUUUGGCACACGAUUAUUUUGUGAUUCCAGCAUAGCAAAAAAAAUAACAAACCUGUCGACGAUUUCAUUAGUAUUAGGUUUGAACAGCUGAGGUCCGUUUGCAGCUUUUUGCGUUGUUUUAGUUUGUUUAGGAAGAGAGCCAGAGAUUGUGUCACACUUAAUAUUUUUAACGUUUUGUUUGCAGAGAUUAUGCCGUUUGCGUUGAGAUUAUACCGUAGUCGAUUGGUUGAUUUUUACUUUAGGGGACGUUAAAAUAAAUAUUUAUGUCAAAAACUUUAUUUUCGGGAUCCUAAACGAUGGUAAUCUUUGUUACAAUGUAUAAUCGAUUUAGUGUGUUCUGUCGGCAUGUAGUUGUUCAUUUUCUGGUAUAUUUCAUCAACUGAGUAAAGAAUUCCAAUUAAAUGCCGUUGCAAAUAUGUUUUGAAGUUUUGUGUCCCUUCACACUGACCAGAGUCGAUGAGGGAGGGGAAACAAGCCAUGGUUUCAACAUUUAGAUGAAAAACGAGGGUUAGCUUGCCGAAGCCUUUCCGGAGACCUACUGGAGACCCAUCCCUUCCGGGAUAAGAAGCGCCGCUUGGAAAGGUUGGACUGCCAGGACAUGGAACAGCUGUAACGACGCUCUAACGAAACGCGUAAGUUCUACAAGAAACUCAGUCCAUCCCGGAAUGGAUUUAUGCCGGACGAGUAUGAGGUGAUCGCAUCGGCCCAGAGGGCGACGGGGGAAACGACGUCGGCGGUAUGGUGGACGGCGAGGACGAGCCAGCACCCACGAUGAGGGAAGUUAAGCAUGCCAUCAAGAAGCUGAAGAACAACAAAGCAGCCGGGAAGGGUGUUAUCGGUGCGGAACUCAUCAAGAUGGGCCCGGGCAAGUUGGCGGCCUGUUUGCUCCGGCUGAUAGUCAGGAAUGGGACACAGAACAACUACCGGAGGAGUGGAAAGUAGGAAGUUAUAUGUCCGAUCUACAAAAAGGGGGACAAGUUGGAAUGUGAGAACUAUCGAGCUAUCACUAUUCUCAAUGCGGCUACAAAGUGCUGUCUCAGAUCAUUUUCUGUCGUCUGUCGGAGCGAUCAAAGGAUUGGCCAAGCCGGUUUUGUUGAACCAAAACCUCCAAAGAUGUCGCUAUUACCAGAUCCCGACGCACACCCUGUUCACUGCCCCUGAUCGCAUAAAUGUCCCAUAUGCAUUUUCAUCGAUUUCGAGUUAUUGAUGCAGUUUGGUUAAAAAUUGUGUGCUCUUUCGAAAGAGCCUAUAACAUCCAGUACUUUGUUCUAGAUAUCAGGAGGAAAUCCAGUUUUUUCGCGAAAAUUUAACACGUAGCCUUAUGUAUGGGACAAACUUCAAAUGCGUUUUUCUCAGCUUGCUGUUUUUGCAUAUGGGACAUUUAUGCGAACAUGGGCAGUUCAUCGAUUUCAAAUCCGCGUAGGACUCGAUCGAUCGCAAAGAACUAUGGAAGAUCAUGUACGAGAACGGCUUUCCCUAAAAGCUGAACAGAAUGGUGAAAUCAACGAUGGAUGAGGCAGCGUGAAAAUGUCGGGUGCGAUGUCCGACCCUGUCGAAUCGGCUGGACGAAGCGGAGAAGGUUGGAUUGAAGGUAAAUGUGGCGGAGACGAAGACUCUGCUGGCAGGAGGAACCGAGUCCCUUAUGGCUCGCAUAGGACCGACUGUGAUGAUCGAUGGAGACGAGUUCGAGGAGUUUGUAUACCUCGGAUCGUUGGUGACGUCGUGCCUACUAUGGACUUCACAAGACCUUAAGAUCUGGUCUCCUUUCCCGGCGUAUAAAGUGCAACAUGUACGAAACGCUGAUCAAACCUGUCGUUCUCAACGGGCACGAGACGUGAACGAUGCUCGAGGAGGACCUGCAAGCGCUUGAAGUUUUCGAACGGCGAGUGCUUAGGACGAUCUUUGGCGGCGUACGUAAGAAAAAUGUAUGGAGGAGAAGGAUAAACCACGAGUUGGCGCAACUCUACGGUAAGCCAAGCAUUCGGAAGGUCGCUAAGGCCAAAUCCGGUGGGCUGGACACGUUGCAACAAUGCCGGACGCACUGGAUGUGCGCCAACCGAACUAGACAACCAAUCAAAACAGACAAACUGUAAAAAAGUACGAGUUUGUUUGUUUGUCAUAGUCUAAUACCUCCUUAAGUUCACUCAUUUAUCGCCACUUAUUAAGGUGAAGCCGUCUAUCAUUCUAAAACUAAAUUGAUCAUCACUCUGAAAUGCUUAGUAUUUAGUUCAAUGAUACGAAUUUGCGCUCCACAAUUAUUUUGCAUAUGCCGGUUGAACCCUUCUUGAAGGCACUGAAGAAAUUUUUGAUCUCAAUCUAGUGCCUCAAUUUUUUUUACUUUUUUGAUUAAUUAUGAUUUUCAUAAUUUCACAAAAAAGAAGAAUUUUAUGAAAAUAAUAUAAACUUAUCAAAAUGUAUAUCGUCAAACGAAUUAUUUUUAAAUUUAAAUUUUUGUUUACUUUUUCAAAAGGUCCGAUCAGCAUUGGACACCCAUUGCACCUAGGACCUUUUGAAAAUGUACUCUAAAAUUUAAAAUAGUUUGAAAGUAGUUUGCUGGCAAAGUUAUGAUUGUUUUUUAUUUAAAUUUCAAAAUAAUUUUGCGUGCUGCAUUUGGGCCGAGAUUUUGGUUCUUUUGCCGUCCAAUUUGCUGAUACUCACAUAAUAAAAUGUUUGGCAAAACUCCUGAGAAAAAAAAAUCGUUUGCUAGCUAAUUUUUGCUUGAUUUCGCCUUUUAGAAACUGUUAGAACGUCAUUGUACUGAUGGGAUAAUAUUUGGUACCCGAUGGAAAAACAUGUUAUUCUUCUAUUUUGUUCAAUGUAUAUGCCGACAGAAUAACUACAACAAAAUUCGGUUUGAAAGCAAUUUAAACCAUAUAAUGAAUAAAAGUUCUGAAUUUAGCUUAGCUAAGAUAUUUAGUAUUAUCACACCAAUUGUUUUUGAACAAUUUCAACCAAUCUUCUUAAUCGGUAUAUUCACUGUAAGUUCUAUCAGUUCAAGAAUAAAAUAUAAUUUACCGCAAAGUUAAGCAAGAAGCAAAAGAGAAUAAACAAAUAAUUAAACAAAAAAAAAAGAUAUCUAAAAAGCGAGAACUGAAAAUCACGAAGGUAAACUUAAAAGAAGAAAAAACACGUAACAAACACAUUCAAGUAGUCUCAAUUGAGACAAGAAGCAAAUAAUCACACACACACACCCCAAAAAACACACACACACAGCAACAAUUCAAAUUUAAGCUAGCAAAACCAAUCGCGGAGUGUCGCGGCGAACGCGUGCUUAUUAAAAGCACGAUUGAAAAACAAGCAAAAUCAAGAAAAAUCAAUGCGUCAAAGAAGAAGCAAACAAAACGAAACGAAAAACCCUGGGCAGAGAGCAGCGUGAGAGGAUGAGCGGGCGGCAAAACAAGAGAUUUACAAUUAUAUGUGUAAAAAAAAAUGUUAAGUACAUAUUUAAGGAGGUAAGAGUUUGAGGAAGGCAAGAGUGAAUCGAGAAGUAGUAAUCUAACGAAGCAAAAAACAUUCACAACCCAAAACGGAAAAAAGCAGACAUAUGAAAUGCAAAUCAUGCUAGAAGCUCUAAAAAUGUGAGAGAAGGAUCAAUCGUUUCCCUGGUUGGGAGAGAAGGGGAAAAAAAAUGAAAAGAAACAGUAUAAAAUACAUAGAUAUCGUUGAAAGAAAGAAUAACGAAAAUUAUCACAUUUAUAAACCUACUUGAACCAGGUUUGUGCAAAUGAACUUGGAAAGCUGAAAUUACCAAGAAGAGAGAAAACAAAGAAAAUAAAUGAAAAGUAUAAAACAAAAGAACGUGAUAGUGCGAUACAAAACUGAAGAGUGCGAUGAAAUUAGCUAACUGUACACAGUUAUAAUGCAAGAAAAAAACAAACAAAACUAUUUCCUUUGAUCUAAAAAUAAAAUUAUAAAUAUUUAAAA